CUCAAGCCUUAGUUUGAUGCGUUCUCUUGCUAGUGCGCAUAUUUAUUUAUUUAUUUAUCUUCCAAGCAAGUGUUUUCACCGGUGUUUGAGCAUUUAUGAGUUCUUGUUGUUUCUCUCGUGUGUCCACACUUAUUAAAACUUGGGCUUUUCCGGAAAUUUCAACUCGGCUUUUAUAUCACCGGUCAAAUAGUAAUUUUGCAAAAAUGAGUGUGCCGACUACUACUUUAAACGGGGGAUUAAAAAUGCCAAUGAUAGGGUACGGAACUUGGCAAGCAAAAGAUGAAGAACUGGAGCAAGCUUUCGAAGCCGCCCUCGAAGCCGGAUAUCGGCAUAUCGACACAGCUCAUGUCUAUGAAAAUGAAAAAGUUAUCGGCAAAGUUCUAAACCGGUGGUUCUCCUCCGGCAAACUAACCCGCAAAGAUAUCUUUCUCGUCACUAAACUACCCCCUGGGGGCAACCGGCCGGAAGCUGUUUCCAAGUACAUCAAACGGUCUCUCAACUUACUCCAAGUUCAAUAUCUGGAUUUAUAUUUGAUCCAUGUUCCGUUUGCUUUCAAGGACGUCGAAGGUGACCUACAUCCCAUGACUCCUGAUGGACGCAUCGACAUAGACCCCAGCACAGACCACGUGGCAUUAUGGAAGGCGAUGGAAGCCCAAAUCGACGCCGGACUUACAAAAUCCAUCGGACUUUCAAACUUCAACCAAAAGCAAGUCCAGCGAGUUUUGCAAAACUGUCGCAUCCCUCCCUGCAACCUCCAAGUUGAACUCCACGCUUAUUUGCAACAGAAAGACUUGGUCGAGUUUUGCAAAGCGAACAAAAUCGUUGUGACGGCUUACUCGCCUUUGGGGUCGCCGGGACUGGCGAAAUUUAUGGCGCAAUUUGGACACAAGAUUGAUUUGCCGGAUAUUCUGAAUAAUCCGGUAGUUAAGGCCAUUGCAGCCAAACACAAGAAAAGUGAAGCCCAAAUUGUGUUGCGCCAUGCAGUCCAGAAGGGAAUUGUUGUGAUUCCCAAAAGCACCAAUCCGAAACGACUUCGAGAAAAUAUCGAUAUUUUUGGAUUCGAACUGGAUCAGGAGGACAUGAGUCAGUUGAAUAAUCUGGAUCAGGGAAUUAGGAUUCUGAAUUUUGCUGCUUUUAAAGGGAUUGAGGAACACCCAGAGUACCCUUUUAAAUAACCCUCCACUUUGUAAAAAAAUUAUUGUAUUUUAUAAGGAUAUGACGUACAGAUAGAACACGAAAUUAUUAUUCGUUGUAUUUUGGUGUUUAAACUAUAUCUUAAUAAAAUUUAUUGUUUUAAUGCA